CGCGGCAGGGGGCGUGGCCUGUUGCCAUGGCGCCGGGGCCGGUCCCGCCGCAUGGACGCGGCCGCCGCCGGCCCGGCGGAGCCCCCGGUUCCGGCGGACACCAUCCGGCGCUGGCUGCGCGCCGAGGGCGCCGACCCCGCCGCCCCGGCCGAGGAGCAGCUGGGCCUGGCCUGGCGGCUGCUGCGGCGAGCGGAGACCCGGCUGGGCGAGCUGGAGCGGCGGCGGGCCCAGGACAUGAGAGACGUGGAGAGCUACGUGGGCCAUGUCCGUGCCCUGACGGAAGAGAGGGAUGCCAUUGCCUCUGAGUAUGAGAAGGAGAACGAGCAGCUCAGGUUGGAGCUGGCACAGCUGCAGCUGCAGCAGGAAACCCAGCUGAAGGAGGUGGAGGAGAUGCUGGAGCAGGAAGGUUUAUCCCAGAUCUCCUGCAGUGCUGCCAGUGAACAGGUCGCCUAUUUCCUGGUGGAGCGGGCGGCGCUGCUGGGAAAGCUGGAAGUGGCAGCCCGGCAGCUGGGAUCCCACAACAGGAUUGAUGGGCUCCAGUUCUGCAGGGAAGAGCUGGAGGGGGAGCGAGCAUCGCCUGCAGGAGUGGUGGGAGAUCUGGAUGAGGCCCCACAGAGGCUGGUGGUGUCCCAGGAAGAGACCCAGAGGGUGGCAGAAGGGCUGGAUGCACAAAGCAAAGAGCAGAGUGGAGCAGACAGGACUGAGCUGCAGAGGGCCAUGGAGCACAACAGCCGGCUGGACAAGGAGAUCCUGGCGCUGCGGGCACGGGUGCAGACGCUCGACCUGGAGAGGAAAGCGUUCCUGGAGCUGGUGGAGCAGCUCAAGGAGGAGAUCUGUGAGUACCAGCGGAGCGAGAGGCCAGAGCCUCCAGCGGCAGAGGGACUUGGAAUGGCCUCACUGCAGGCACAGGGCACACAGGAAGAAGCAGGAGCUGAUGGAGACACUGGUGCCAGCAGAGCUGCCCCAUAUCAGGAACAUGGAGAUCAGGGUGUUGAAACUCUCCACAAAAGGUGCCGGGAAGCCAUGGAGAGCAUCGAGGGCAGGAAUUCCCAGCUCCUUCACAAGCUGCAGAAACUGGAGCAGGAGCGUGAGGGUUUGGUUGAGCGCAACGAGGAGCUGGAAUCAAUCCUGGGAGAGACACAGACCCAAAGCAAGCAAGAGAAGCAACAGCUGGAGAGCAAGGUGGAGGGACUGCACCAGAAAAUCACCAGUUUGGAAACAGAGUUGUUGGAAGUGCAGAAGAACAAAAGUGAGAUGAAUGGGAACGAGCAGGUGACAUCUGGAGCUCAGGAGAUGCAGGAGAUGUUGGAAAGCUGUCAGGAAACGAUAGACAAGUUGGGAAGUCAGCUGGGAGAGAGGAGAGAACGGAGAAAGCAACUGGCAUCGGAGCUGGAGCUGCUGCGGGAGGAUUUGAAGGCUGAGAAGGUGGUUCUGGGCAGCCAGGGUUUGCCUGACUCCCAGUCAGAGCUCAAAAGCCACAUAAACACCUUCCCAAGUCUCCAGAGAACAUCAGCCAGCAGGGAUCUUGUGGAUGUAUCAUAUGAGAAGCUACACAAAGACAGUGCUUUGCCAGAUCCAGAGGCCUCUGAAGUCCUGCAGGAGAGAGAACAGAGUCCCAAAGUGGAGCAGAAACAGGAAGAUCCCUGUGCAGAUGCAAAGACCUAUGAGGAACAGAUGGCUAAAGUAGUGUUUUUGGAAGAACAGAUCAAAAACCUGAGGGAAGAACAAGAACUGCUCUGCUCUGAAUUACUAGAGAGCAACAAGAAGAAGGAGGAGCUGGAAAAGCAGCUCAAAGAGAGCAGCGAAGAGAAACGGCUGUUGCUUGAAGAAAUUGCCCAGCUCAGAUGUGACAUCCGGAGUGCCUGGGAGCAGGGCCCCAGUGGAGACAUGAGGAGGAUGACCCCAGGCUUGGAGCAGAGGGAGAACAGGUUUCUCCCAUGGCAGAGCUCGGCAGGCAGUUUAGAGGGGAGCCUUAAACAGGGUCUGUCUGAGGAGAGGUUCCAGCAGCAGGAGGAGAAGCUGCAGCAGCUGCGCCAGGACCUGCGGCGCGUGCAGAACUUGUGCAGCUCCGCUGAGAGGGAGCUCAGGUAUGAGAGGGAGAAGAACGCCGACCUCCAGAGGCAAAAUCUGCUGCUCCAGCAGGAAUGCACCAAGGUCAAAGCUGAGCUGAAGCAGGCCCGGGCCAAACUCGCGGACACCACAGAAACCUGUUCCUCCCUCUCAGCACAGUGGGACAGGAGCCAGCAGAAGGUCAAGGAGCUGGAACUGGAGCUCUCCAAGUGCUCCCAGGCUGAUAAGCUCCGGAGCAGCCUCCAGGAGAGGCUGGCCCAGGAGAAAUCCAGAGCAGGAGAAGCACAAAAGAAGGUCUCAAAACUCCAGCAAAAGUUGAAGGAUUCCCAGCACCAGCUGCUGCUGGCAGAGGCCCGUGUUUCUGAUAAGAAGCUUCUGGAGGAGGAGCUGAAGGAAGCUCGGGAGAAUGAAGCUCGAGUGCAGCAGGAACUUCACGAGGAGCAGCUGAAAAGGAGGCUCCUGGAGCAGCAGGUGGAGGAGCUGCGGCAGCAGCUCCGGCAUUCCCGGGAGACGGAGGCGUCGCUGGCCAAGAUGCAUGUGGAGCUCCAGACCAAGACCCUGCAUGUCCUGGAGGAUGAGAAGAAGCUGGAUGCUGGUGAGCAUGUGCAGUGCCAGAAGGAGAAUCAGAAGCUCUCAGAGCAGCUGGUGCUGCUGAAGGAGGAGAACAAAGCUCUGUAUGAGGAAGGUGUCCGACUCCUGAACCAGAAGGAUCUCUAUGUCAGGAAAUACAACGAGAUGCAGCUCCGGCACAAGGACAAGAUUCGCAGGGCCAAGGAGACUUUCAUCCACGAGGUGAAACAGAGGGACAGCAGGAUCAAACAGCUGGAAAAUGAGCUCAGCGAGUCGAAACUCCAGGUGGAAAAGGGGAAGGUGCUGAUUGCCCAGAUCACUGCUGAGAAUGAAAAAUUACUCCAGGAGAGGCGACGGCUCCUCCAAAAAAUAUCCGACCAGGAGGAGUCCCCUUGGAGCCUCCGGUCUGGGAUUCCCUCCCUGCAGAGCAGAGGGAAGAUCCUGGAGGAGGAGAACGCCCGGCUGCAGGACAAGCUCCAGCUCUCCAGCCAUGUGGCCUCCUCCCAGCGCCUUGCCAGGAGCAGCCCUGCUCCCAGCACAGAGGACUCGAAGAUUGUUGCUGGCUCCGAACGCCAACCACAGAGUAAGGUGUUGCCACCUCCUCGUGCCAGCUUCCCACCCCGAGAUCUCCCGGAGCCCCUGGGCGCCCUGAAGGCCCCGCAGAGCACAAAGCCUGAGGGAGAGGCUGAGAGCCAGGACUCUUCCUUCUGCCUGUCCCCCUCGCAGCCUUCAGAGAUUGGGUACCUGAACGUGGCCUCUCCUGGGGACAGCACGGCCCCCACGGGCUCCCCUCUGCAGGACCAGAGCCACAGCCUUGGCUCCCAGAACUUCUGAGCUGGGAAUGUCGGUGCAGCCUGGCUGGAACCGCAGGAUUUGGGCUGCUGGGGCCAUGGGACAACAGAGCCUGCAAAGAGGAUUGCCAAAUGGACUGACCCAUGAUUGCUGGGAUAUGUUCCAACUAAAUGAUUCCACAGGUUUUGUUUUUUUUUUUAACUUGCCCACCUGUAAAUGUGUGUGUGAUCCCAGAUCCACUGGAGGCUGGAAUUUGUAGAUAAGCUCAGUACAGUGGUAGAGGGGUGGGGUGAAGGGUAUCUUCCCUCAACCCUAAUCCCCUGUCCAGUCCAAAUCUAUAAAUUUUAUAAAUAAAACUUACAGAAGUUUCCUUUUACCCUGUGCCCACAGUGUGGUUCCCCUUUGCCCACGCUCUCAGCAUUCCCUUUGCUUUGUGCAGAGGGGAGCAGGGUAUCUGAGCACUGGGGAGAGGAUGGGAACGUGUGGGGAAGGAAGAUGGGAGGAAAGAGAAGCUCUGGGGGCAGGAUGUGAUGGGCAGAGGGGUCAGAAAUGAGAUAGAGGGAGAUGGAAGGGCAAAGGGAAAUGGAAUGGGGGCAGAAGAGAGGAGGGAUAUGAGCAUCCAGGAAAGGAAAGGAGAUACAUUUGGAAUAGAUGGUCUCUGAGGAUGCUGGGGUGAGAGAGGGAGAGGGAUCAGGCCAUGCAAAACAGGGAGUGGAGGAAGUCUGAGGAUGCCAAGAGGGAAGCAGCAGGAUCAGAACUGCAGAUCAGGUGGGAACAGAGCAUGGCUGUGCAUCUCCGUGGGCCUUUCUGUGCUUCCUGGGCUCUCCCUGUGUGUUUUAGGGAGCUCUGGACCCCUCGGUGUGCCCCCUCUGCACCCUGGCUGUCCCUUAGAGGGUAGCCCAAGCCCUGGUCUCCAUUUUGGGGGUAUCCCCACCCCUUGGUUUGCUUUGUGCCAUGCCCAGGCCCCAGUGCUGCCUUUGGGUGCCCCCAACCCCUGGCUGUGCCUGUUUGGGCUCCCCACAGCCCUCCAGGAGCCUUUUGGGGUGCACAGAACCUCUCCAUGGGAUUCUGUGAGCCCUCAGGGAUUCUCCCUGGGCUCUGCACUCUGCAGUGCGUGUGAGCAUUGCCUGGGGGAGUUGGGGAUCCUCAUCCCUCUGGCUGUGCCCUGGGCUACCCCAGAGCCCCCACGGAGCCUUUGGCUACCACAGACUCCAGGGGAGGUACCAGGAACACUCCCAUGGAGGGGCUGAGGGGUUUCAUCCCUUGUGAUGGGGCAGAACUGGCUCAGCCACACUCAGGGAGAGGCAGAGUCAGGUCUUAGAAGGGGCACAAACCAUCAGAGGCCCUGAAGGGACCAUAGGCUCAUUUCUGGGCCUUCCACCAGUGGACUGGGCAUGACCCCAGUGUUACAGUGGAAAACUCCUGACCCAGGGAAGGUACCUGGCUGUUCCCACUGAGCCUGGAUUAACCCACUGAACUUUGUAUUUUUGGAGCUUCCACCCCUGAUGGAUGCAGACUGUGACCAUCACUGACUGUGGACACUGAAAUUGCAAUAACCAGGUCUUGUCACUGCAUCCAUGGGUGGUGAGGCCUUUCCUCUCCACUCUCUACUCUGAUCCUUUCUUUUUUUUUUCUUUUUUUUUCCUCAUGUAUUUUCUAAAGUCUUAUUUUUAUACUUUUAUAUUGGUGUAUUUCUAAAGGAAAUAACCAAAAUGGCUACAUAGGUGACUUCCACUGCAACCAAAGUGUUAAAAUAAAUGUGACAUAUAUAUAAAAA